UUUACAUCCAGAGAAGCCACAGUACCCACAAAUACCACGAAGAAGUCAGGGAAGCAAGCCACACAAAGGGUACGCAUUGACGACUCCGUAGCCAUUUUGGCUCAAGCUUGUGUUCAAGCCAUUCCCGAGCCUCUGCGGGCAAUCUCUCCCCGGCCCUCUGCGGCAGAUCCGGGUGCCCCGCAAUGGCGCUUGAGGAGGGCAAGUGGACUGACUGGGUGGUCGUUGGCUUGAUCAUGCUGUUCCAGUGGGUGCUCGAGUUCGUCGUGCUGGCCCGGAUUUGGAAGCUGCAGGUGGUUAUCACAUUAAAUGUUUUAAACAACAUGUCUUUUGUCGAUACGUGCAAGGAGAGCGUCCGAAACAUAUUCACCAACCUUGUCAUCGUCGCCGCUUUGAUCAUGACGAUUGCGUUCGCUAUGCUCUUCUUGUACGACCACGUCAAAAAUAUUGACGAUAACGACGAUGGUCAGCGUUUGACGGCUCAUGCCUUUAUCGCAUUCACGGGGUAUGCUUGCAUUCAGUCAAUGAGGGCCAUGGUGGAAUGUAUCCUGAAUAUAGUCUACACAGAGAUGCUCACCAGUCCCGAGAUCGUUCGAUUCUUAAUUGCGGGACCGGGCGCAAUCGGCGCUCCUGUCAUAGCAAUCGUGUUCAGCGUUGUCAGCAUACUGUGUGCAAGCACCCUGUACAUCUUGUCGAUCUACAGCGUCGCUGCCUCCGUUCUCUUCGGCUGCCUGUCUUUAUCUCGCCUGAUCUCCAUCGGCCAUUUCUGGCGCAAGCGCUCCAAGUUCACCACCAACCGAUCCAGCAAGCACUCCAGCAACUGGUCGUGGGCCGAGGACCAGGAGGCAGCCCCGCCGUGGUCCAUCGCAAAGAAGUGCAGCGAGAAUGAGAUCGCCAUCAUGCGCCGACACGCCCGCCAGGCGAAGGAGGAGGAGGAGGCGUCGGGGAAGGUGGCUGCCGUGGCUGCCCAGCCGCCGGAGCAGCCGAACUUGGCCCAGCGGCGGCGCGGGGGCGCCGACCACAUGGGUCGCUCGAGGCGCGGUCCGACAGGAUUUUCCGUCUGAGCCAGGGGCGAGGAGG